AGCCACUGCCGCUGGUUUUUAUUUGAACCCUCGUCGAAACAAGUCGAGAGAAAAGGGUCAACAUUUUUAUGGAAACGAUCGAUUCUAUUUUCCUAUACGGUCAGAUUCUUUGGAAAUCCCAAAGGCAGGCCGACUCUAUAAAUCCUUCCUAUAGGGGCCUCAUUAAGUUUAUAUGAUGGCAAACAGCAGCUGCGGUUUGUUUUGAGGGCCAAUCUCCUGGACGUCGCUUGUGUGGAUAUAUUUUUCAUGCCGCCGACGACGACGACGACGACGCAAUGCGACGGCGAAGAAAAGAAAUCCCGUUUUGUUUUUUUCUCCUUUUCACGGUGCUGUUUUUGUCGUCUAGGUGUUGGAUAUAUGUCCGUGAUAUUUCCAGCUAUGACCAAUUUUGGCGUCAAUUGAUUGGGUAGUGUUUCUUUUUCUUCGGACGUCGACAAAGUCAAACGACUGAGACUGACUGCGUACGCCUUUUUUCUUUCUUUCUUUCUUCCCGUCGUGGCUUUAAAGAAGCCAUCAAUUGACCAGCAAGAACUUUCGGGAAUUCAUACGAAAUUGGAAGAGUAACGCUGAGGUCAUCCCAUUGUUGACUGAGGCAUGGGCGGUUGCGUUUGUUUUGUCGUGCGCCGUCCAAUAAUCAAGACGCCAACUCACAAUCAGCCGAGUCAUGGGCCAACCUGCUCUUUUCAUUUUUAGAUUUAAAAAAAUCGAGUUUCUGUAAAAAAGAGAGAGAAAACAUUCCUGAUUUUUAUAAAAAGAAAGGUAGCUGUCAAAUGAAUUGAAAUUUUUGCCUUUGACGGAGCGAGAAUCUUCCAGCAUGUGAUGCGGUGGGGGUCAAGCUGCUUUUCUUACCUGACGUUGAAGAAAAGCUAUUACGUAGCAAUUUCCCGGUGUGCUUUCACUUGGGCGGACCUUGUCCACACUCCACCCGCUCUAUGGAGUAUAGGAAAGGUGGAAGAUGGGCAGGAGGGGGGUUGUGUUGUUGCUGGAUGUUUUACGCGACUUUUUAAUGGCCAUCCCCCCCUACGUCCAACCUCUUGGUACUUGUCAGUGUAAAAAAAGAGAAACCUCAAGGAAGAAGAGAUAAGGUAACAUUUAAAUGUCCUCGGCCAAGAAGCAGCAGAUUCCUUUCCUUGUUUUGACUUGUGAUUUUGAUUGAUUCGGACCAAUUAUCUCAACUAGAUCGACGGUAGUUGUGAGUUUCUACCUUUCGGUCUUUGAUUAUCCAUCUCUCUUUGGUCCUCAUCAGAACGCUGAUGGAAUGCUUUCCAGAUUUCAAAGUUUGAAUGACUGGAGACCACCUGGGGAAAGUGAUGAAUGGUAUCCGGCCCUCCUCCUUUUCCCCCCUAAAAACCGAACAAGAGGAAAGAACUUCUCGUCAACAACAACCCCCCCUCUCAACCUUUUCUCUUUUUUCUUUCAUUUCUUCUUUUUUUGAGCGAAACAAAACACGUUUAAUGAACCGACUCGAAUGACGCCAUUGCAAUCUGAACGCGCAACUCGUCGCGCAAUUCUUUUCAUUUCUCGUCCGUUCAUCAUUCGAGCCGACACUUGGGCUCUUUUUUUGUUUGGUUUGUUUGGAAUAAUACCCAGUGAUCCGUGUGUACCCAAGAUUCACCAGGUGGACUUGUAUACAACGGUUAUAAGUGGAAGCGGCCGGCAAGGUAGCGGCUUCAGUCGGGGACGAGACACCGUACGGGACGGACUUGUGACCAUUUUCUUCUUCGACAUUUCAUUUGUUUGUGCGUUUUCCCCCAUAAAUUCUAUCGAGAAUUGCCAGUUUUUGAUGGAUUCGUGAGUCGUUGUUGUUUCUGCGGCUGAAUUUUUCACAAAGGCAAAUUACAAAAAAGGAAUAAAUUAUUAAUUGACCAAAAUGGGCAGGCGCUCUUGUUUGAUGGUUGCUGUCUGCUUGUCCGUGAGUUUAGUAUUGCAAAGCGCUUCGGCGACAUCGUGGGAUGGCAAAACGCCAUGGUUCACCGGUUCCUCUUGCAACUGUAACGGAUUCUCCAGCCGGUGUUACUUCGAUCAGGCCUUGUUCGACGCUACCGGUCACGGCGGCCAUUGCCUCGAUUGCACGGCCAACCGCGACGGACCCAACUGUGAACGCUGCCGCGAACAGUUUUACCAGCGCGAAGAUAAUUACUGCGUACCCUGCAAUUGUGACGAGACAGGUUCACGGAGCUUGCAGUGUAACCGCGAAGGUAAAUGCUCGUGCAAGCCGGGCGUGACUGGUGACAAAUGUGACCGAUGCGAAGAGAAUUUCUACGAUUUCGGACCGCAAGGGUGCCGCCCUUGCGGAUGCAAUGUGGCCGGCAGUCUGGGUGGGCAACCGCGCUGCGACUCGGAAACGGGCAGUUGCUCGUGCAAAGAUCACGUCGAAGGCCAGCGCUGUGACCGCGCCAAGCCCGGCUACUUCAAUUUGGACGCUGAAAAUCUCUUCGGCGCCACUCCGUGUUUCUGCUACGGCCAUUCGUCCGUCUGCAGGUCGGCCACCGGCUACGCCCGUGGAUUAAUCGAGAGCGUGUUCGCUCGUUCCGAUGAGAAAUGGUCGGCCCUGGAACAACCUGGAAAUCGGCCAAUCACGCUGGCCUAUAAUUCACUGUUGGGAAACAUUGGAGUCAGUGCGCCCGGCCGUGACGCCGUCGUCUUCUCAGCCCCCGAACGUUACUUGAACGACCAGCGAACGAGUUACAACCAGCAGUUGCAUUUCACGCUGCGAACCAACGAAGCUGGAGCCCGCGCUUCCAUCGAUGACGUCGUGUUGGAAGGAUCCGGACUGACCAUCUCGCAGCCCAUCUUCGGCCAAGGCAACCAACUGCCAUCGGCAUCGAACCAAGUCUAUUCGUUCAGACUGCACGAACAUCCCGAUUACGGCUGGAAUCCGCGUCUGUCGUCCCGUGAUUUCAUCAGCGUUUUGGCCAACUUGACCGCCAUCAGAAUCCGUGGCACCUACACGCCCCGCGGUGCGGGUUACCUGGAUGAUGUCAAACUGGAGACGGCCCGUCGAGGCGGCAGCGGUUCACCUGCCAACUGGAUUGAACGCUGCAAUUGCCCUGAAGGUUACGUCGGCCAAUUUUGCGAAUCCUGCGCUCCGGGAUUCCGUCACGAGCCCGCCAACGGCGGUCCGUUUGCCCGCUGCGUCCCUUGCAAUUGCAACGGACACGCCGAUAUUUGCGACGCCGAAAGCGGCCGCUGCAUUUGCCAGCACAACACGGCAGGCGACAACUGCGAGCGAUGCGCCCGGGGAUUUUACGGCAACGCUCUUCAAGGAACGCCCAACGAUUGCAAUCCUUGCCCGUGUCCCAACGGUGGCGCUUGUAUCGAACUGGCCGACGAAACUGUCGUUUGCCUCGAAUGUCCGGUCGGUUACGCCGGCCCGAGAUGCGAAUUGUGCAGCGAUGGCUAUUUCGGUGAUCCCGAGGGCCGUUUCGGUACCCGACGACCUUGCCAGCCUUGCGAUUGCAACGGAAAUGUCGAUCCCAACGCUGUGGGCAAUUGCAACCGAACGACGGGCGAAUGUCUCAAGUGUAUCUACAACACUGCCGGAUACCGUUGCGAUUCCUGCCUGGCCGGAUUCUUUGGCGACGCUCUGGCCCUUAAUAAAGGCGAUUGCCGGCCUUGUCAGUGCUUCCGCCGUGGAACUCUGCAGCUUCCUUCCGGUACCCUUCAAUGUGAUCAGGUCAGCGGACAGUGUGAAUGUAAACCGAACGUGAUGGGCAACAACUGCGACCGCUGCCUGGACGGAUUCUUCGACUUGGAGAGCGGAAACGGAUGUCAAACUUGCAACUGCGAUCCUGUCGGCGCACUAAACAGGACCUGUAACGUUCGAAAUGGGCAAUGUUUCUGCCGGCCUGGCGUUGUCGGUCUACGAUGCGAUUCUUGUGCUCCCAACCAAUUCGGAUUCUCUUACGACGGAUGCAAACCUUGCGAAUGCGACACCAUCGGAUCCCUGUCGCUUCAGUGUGACGAUCCUGAUGGACAGUGUCGAUGCCGAGACAAUGUCGAAGGCCGUCGCUGCGACCGCUGUAAAGAAAACAAGCACGACCGUGAAGCUGGAUGUAAGGAUUGCCCGCCUUGUUACAAUUUGGUACAGGAGGCCGUCGAUCAGCACCGAGCCAAGAUGGCCGAUCUGGCAACGAUUCUGCAACGCAUCAUCUCCAACCCGACCAUCAUCGCGGAUCUUGAUUUUGAUAGAAAACUGGCCGAAGUCCAGGACCGUGUCGAUCAACUCUGGGUAGACGCCAAGAUGCAGAGUGGCGGUGACAAAAGCAUAAGCAUCCAGCUGGAAGAGUUGAAGAAUAGAUUAAAGCAAGUUCAACAAAUGACUGGAGAAAUUGAAAUGCGGACGCAGAGUUCAAGACGCGCCACUGCAGCCGGAGUUGGCAAUUUAACCGUGGCCGAAGCCGCAGUGGAACGGGCCAGAGAAUCCCUUAAAUCUGCUCAACGUUAUUUGGAGACGGAAGGAUCGGAUGCUCUACAACGGGCGAUCCAGCGCUCGGAGAAAUUUGGCCAACAGAGCGAGCGCAUGUCACAAAUUGCUCGCGAUGCCCGCCAAGCGGCCGACACACUUGACGAUGCUGCGGCGCUGAUUGAAUCCACAGCGCAGGAAGCCCUCAACACAUCCAGCAGUGCUUACCAGUUGGCUCGAGAAGCUGUCGAUCAGCAGAAGAACAGUACAGAAGAAAUCGGUGGACUCCGCAAGGAGUUGACCAUUACUGAACAGACCCUUGCCCGCACUCAGGCUAUGGCCAAGGAGGCGCUCACUAAUGCCCAAUCGGCUUACACCGAAGCUCUUAGUCUUCUGGGUGACGCCUACAGUCUGGUGGUUCCCAAUGUUGAGUGGCAAUUUAUGAAACGCCAAGCUGCCCAGCAUUCGGAAGAAUCGCGUCAAAUCAAGGCAGAAGCCGAUCAGCUGGCGGCGGAAAACGCCAACAUGUUGGAUGAAGUUAGUGACCAAAUCAUUGGCGCUGGUGAUGUGUUGGCCAAAGGAGUGGCGCAGCAGCAAAUCGCGGAUGAAUUACUCGCUGACGCCGAUGUAGCCUUGGGAAGGUCUCAAGAAGCCGUCUCACUGGGCGAAAAAACCCUUGCCGAGGCCCAAAAGACGCUUGAAACACUCGAAGGUUUCGACUCGCUGGUGCAGGAAAGUAAAGAAAAAGCUCGCGAUGCUCUUGGUCAAGCCGUCGAAAUCACAAAUUUGAUUGAGCAAGCUGAAGAAAGAACGCGAGAAGCGCAAAAUGCCCUGGCCGGUGCCGAGUCCGAUGCCCGAGUGGCUCGUGAUUCUGCAAAACAGGCUCAAGAACACGCGGAACAAGCCUCAAAGGACGCUGUAAUGAUUCGCCAAGGCGCUUCAGAGACGAGAGAUAAAGCCGGUCAAUUGAAAGAUACGGCCGAAAGUCUCACUGCUAGUGUAGCUGAUACGGCUAACCGAAUGAGAACUUUGGAAGCUGAAGCUGCUGAAGAUCAAGGACUCGCUAAAGAGGCUUUGGAGAAGGCUAAUCAAGCCAAGAGCAUUUCAGCGGAUUCGACUGUUAAAGUCCGUGAAGCCAUCAGCUCAGUGAAUGAGAUUCUCAUAUCUCUCAAUAACAUGGGAAAUAUUGAUACUGCCGCUUUGGAUGAACUGGAGCGAAAAUUAAUCAUUGCCGAACGGGACUUUAUCGAGUCUGAUAUCGAACGGCGCAUUGAAGAGAUGAGGACGGCUCGAGUCACUCAGAAUCAAUGGGUAAGAGAUUACGAAGAAGAAUUGGCCCGUCUUCGACUAGAGGUCGAUAACGUCGAGGCCAUCAAGGAGGCUCUACCUGAGGGUUGUUGGAAGAGGCUGAAGUUGGAACCUUAAUAACGGAUGAUUCCAUAUGUUUUGGGAGUUCCUUGGAACGCUCUUCGCCGUUAAAUGAAAAAAAAAUGUUUCAAAACCGUAAAAGUUUGACAGAAAUCAAUUUUCGUAAAGGAAAAAGAUUUUAAUAGGGGGGGGGGACAAAACUAUCGCCUAGCUCGUUACGUAUCUAAAUCGACUGGGCACUUAGUCAUAAAACAUCAUACAAACUAUGUUGAUUGAAGUUAAGAAGUUAGAGAGCUUAACACAAAAGUUCUGUUUGCACUACUCUAGUUUUUCUUAGUUGUUCCGACUCCAUCACUUUCUUUACAUCGACUCCCCCUUUGUUUGGGGUGUGUUAUUCCGUUUAUUUGUUUAAUUCUUUUUUUUUUUCAAUCUUUUCACAUCACUGUGCCUUCCUCUCCAGAGUGCCGUUGAUGUCGCAAGUGCCUGUUUGAUACAAUUAUUUCGUCAUGUGCCAAAAUGAUUCCUCCCUAACCUUUUUUUUCACCUUCCUUCACUGACAAAUCAAAUUGUGUUUAGACUCUUUUGUGCCCAGGAUUUUAAAUCGGAAUUCUUUAUCUGAGAUUUUUUCAAAAUGAAUUAGUUAAAAAUUGCAUUAAGGGAUUCUCUCUGAUGAAUGCCAAAGACGGACGUGCGUGUGUUUCCCACUCGUCAUUUUCUUAUAAACGUGACCGUUUGUUGUCGAACGCUGAAACUUCUUGUGGACCGAAAAGAAUUCUGAAUGGAUCGAUUAUUCUAAAUGUUUUUGGGGAUAAGAAAAAAUUACGUCUUAAUUCCCAUCUUUUUUUAAGCCCUCUCCCGUUCAUGCGUUUCCUCUGAAACAAACUUCCUUUUUGUAUAAUACCUUUUUUGAAAAUCCAUGUUUGCACUCACUGCCGCUGUUUUGACUCAAUACAUGACCAUUUAA